AUGGCUAACCCAAGAGGGAAGUGCAAAGCCAUAACUCUAAGAAGUGGGAAGGUUGUAGAGGAAGGAGCCCCGAGCAAAGAUAGUCAUGAAGAGGUUGCAUCAAAAUAUGGAAAAGAGGACGAAGAGGAGAUCCCAACUUCAACCCCUCCAAAACCAGUUUUGAAGCCUUAUGUACCAAAGGCACCAUACCCUCAACGAUUGAGAAAGGAUGGGAAGGAUGGUCAGUUCUCUAAGUUCCUAGAGAUCUUCAAGAAGCUCCAAAUUAAUAUACCAUUUGCUGAGGCAUUAGAGCAAAUGCCACUCUAUGCCAAGUUCUUGAAGGAUCUCAUAACCAAAAAGAGGAACUGGGAAGCAAAAGAAACCAUAGUAUUGACUGAGGAGUGCAGCGCCAUCAUACAAAAGAAGCUACCUCAAAAGCUGAAAGAUCCGGGGAGUUUUCAAAUCCCCUGCAUCAUAGGGGACAUCACUAUUGAGAAAGCUUUGUGA